AUGAAACCACCAUUUUUGGGGACUCCCAAAUAUCAUCUACGCUAUAAAGAUUGGUGCUCAAUUAUUGAAGAACCUCAUCUUAUUUCACUUGACAUCGAAUGUGUAAAUACUUAUUAUGUCGAACAUUUUCUCAAUGAAGAAAAAGCACACUUACCUCAUUUAACAGAAUUAAAGGUCUGUUAUCAUAGUUUGAAAUUUGUAACAAAAAAUUUUACAAGAGAUGAAACGCGACGUAAUUGUGCUAGAAUAAAACAAUUAAUUGUUGAAGAUCCAAUAACUUAUCCGAAAGAUGUUUAUCGCUAUUUUCCUUUAUUGGCAGUUUAA